GGGCGGGUUAAAAGGCGCUGCAGGUGGCCGGGGCCUCAUCCCGCCUGCGGGAGCGCCACGCUAGACUCAGCCCGAGCAGCUCGGACCCGGGUCAGCACACACACCCGCCCCUCCCGUGCCCUCGGGGGGCUGGGGCCUGAGGCCGCCCCCUCCUCCCGUCAGGACACCUCUCCCCAGCUGCGCCCCAGGUGAGUCCUGGAAGAAAGCACUUAGCCCGUGGCCCCCUGCCUCUCCGCACCGCCCCCCUCAGGAAGAGGACCCAGGCUAAGGCCGGCCAGGCACCAUGGACUGGGGGAAGCUGCACUCCUUCGUGGGCGGCGUGAACAAGCACUCGACCAGCAUCGGGAAGGUGUGGUUGACGGUGCUGUUCAUCUUCCGCGUCAUGAUCCUGGUGGUGGCGGCGCAGGAGGUGUGGGGUGACGAGCAGGAGGACUUUGUGUGCAACACGCUGCAGCCGGGCUGCAAGAACGUGUGUUAUGACCACUUCUUCCCAGUGUCGCACAUCCGCCUGUGGGCGCUGCAGCUCAUCUUCGUGUCCACACCCGCGCUGCUGGUGGCCAUGCAUGUGACCUAUUCCCGCCACCAGGCGGCGCACCGGCUGCGCAGGGCGGGCGGCGUAGACCCCGCGACCCUGCAGGAGCUCAAGCAACGGCGUGUGCGCAUCGAAGGCGCCCUGUGGUGGACCUACACCUGCAGCAUCUUCUUCCGCAUCAUCUUCGAGGCCACCUUCAUGUACAUGUUCUACUUCCUCUACAGCGGCUACCACCUGCCCUGGGUGCUCAAGUGCGGCAUCAGCCCCUGCCCCAACCUGGUGGACUGCUUCAUCUCCAGGCCCACCGAGAAAACUGUCUUCACCGUCUUCAUGAUCGCCGCCUCGGUCAUCUGUGUCCUGCUCAACAUCGCAGAGCUGUGCUACCUGGUGCUCAAGGGCUGCUUCCGCUCCGGCCGUCUUGCCCGGGUCCCCAAGGACCGCGCCAAUCACACACUCAAAGAGAACAAGCAGAAUGAGGCGAACGAAUUGAUUGCUGAGACCGGCCACCACACCAUCUCCACCUUCCCCAGCUAAACCUCAGCAGGGACAAAGAAACCACCUCCCAUUGGAGCCCCCCUACUCCCAAGUCCCCUCUCUCUUGUCUUAGUAGGGUCACUUUAGUGCUACAACAGAGACUUAGCAGUGGAGGUUGUGACAUUAACACUGUGACCUGACAACUGAACUUUGGAGUCACUUUUGGCUUGUCAUCAACUGGACACUGGCAGAGUGACCCUGUCUUAACCAUUUAAGUGCCUUGACUAUUGUUGACCCAAUACAUCAAGAAAUGGGACUUGUUGAGAGAAAGAAAGAAAGGAAGGAAGGAAGAGAGAGAAAGAAAGAAAGGAAUAAAGCUAUUUUUAUUAUUAUUAAAUAGAAACAGAGAAAUUGAGAGCAAAGGGGAAAUAGAGGGAGGGAGACAGAGACACCUGCAGCCCUGCUUCACUGCUUGUGAAGCUGCCCCCUGCAGGUGGGGAGCUGUGGUAACAUGUGUGGUCUGUUUGUUGUGUGUUGGGUGUGCUGCCACCCAGGCCCUAAAAAAUAAAUAAAUAAAUAUUUUCCUGGGGUCAGCUAUCUUAGUUCUGGCUGGGACUGCUAUAUUUUUUGUAGUGCCUGAUCUGAUUCUGUCCCUUGGCAAAGACUGCAAUGUCAGUUUUCAUAUUAAGCCAUUGGGCUGUGUAUAAAUUGGGAAUUCACAUCAAAAAAAAAAUCAAAGAAAAAAAAAGCACCAUCUUUGUCAGUGUCAUUUCUGUGUUGUCUGCCAGUUGUCAGUAUGCUCUCGAGGUGGGAGAUAUUGGCUGCAGGGUGAGUUUUCCUGUUGGGCAUUGGGGGGUGGGAGGGCCUUAGAGAUCCCCUGUCUGCUGUGAGUGGCAAUACUGAAUGCACUGCCCACCUCAAAUAAAGUCCAGUCCUUGCUUCA